UUAAUGUACCCAUUCUUGAUUGUCAGGAGCGCAAGUAUUGGAACUUCAACACCACAAUAAUUCAACCAACCCAAUCAUAACAGUCUUCUCUACAUCUCUGGCCUUUCAUUCAAUUCAGCUUCAACCUAUCAUUCAACACACUCUUAAUUUGCCACUGACGUUGACUUCAUACUUAGAUUUUAAUUACAUGACACAGAUCCCAUGAAAUUAACUGAAUUAUGAGUUGAAGUGGUACUUAAAGACAGCAACUUUCAAAGAUUUUUAUGUUUAAGGGAUCGAACAGCAGGAUGGAGGACUACUCCGUUGCCACUGCACACGCCAAAUAUUCGGAAAUUGACAAUGGUUAUGGACAUGAUGGUAAUUCACCCACCGGAGGGGACAUGCUAGAUGUAGAAAGUACCAUUGAAAGUUUAACCAAAUCGGAUUUGGACUUGGCAUUUUCUUCGGAGAAGUUGGUGAAUUUGCAUGGCCUUUUAAUGCAUCUGUUGGCAUGGGACAACAACCUGGAGGUAAUGGCAGAGUAUAGCUAUAUCUCAGCAACUUCAGUUGAGAGGGCACUUGAAUUUGAUCUUCUAUCAGGUAUUUUGGAUUCUGAAUUAAAAGUGGUGGAGAAUUUCACAGAUGAUAUCCAAGCAGAAAUCAUUGAUGUUCGUCAUAAAUUAUCUUCAAGCAAACACUCGACAAAGUUAGUUGCUAUUAUUGAGAAGAAACUCCGUGAUUCUGAGGAAUCACUGAAGAAGACUCAAGAGCGUUUUAUAGAGUCGAAGAUGCAGACUGUCAAGUUACAGAGGUUUUUCUCAGCUUUUAAACUCGAGAACUGGAAAGACGACAAAUCCGUGGAGUUAUCAGCCAACGGUCAACUGCCAAACAUCAAAGCAAAUUCUAGAAGGCAGGUAGCUGAACAAAAAAAACAUAUUCUAAGAAUGUUGGAGAAAUGUCUUGCUAGAGAACUAGAUCUCGAGAAGAAUUUGUCUGAACUAAGACGGAAUGAAGAACAGCUGAAACUAAAACUGCACUACACAGAACAGGUAUCAUCUCGUAUGGAAGAAGCAGCAGAAGUGGUUUGGGGAAGAUUUUUAGAGGCAGAAAAUGGUUGUGAGGUUCUCAAGGGAAUUUCAAAGGAAAUGGUUGGUCGACUUCAAAUUGCUCAGUUUAAUCUGAAUAAUUCAUUCCGAAGAGAAGCAGAAUUGAAAUCACAACAUCAAAGUUUCUUAAAACAGCUAGAUGCUAAAGAUGUUGCUCUGAAGAAGCUCGAGUUUAACAUUAAAGAACACGUAGAGAAAAGCUCUCAGGUGCCCACUUUGAUCGAAAAAGUAAAUUCACUCGAAGAACAAUUGAAAAGAUCUGAACUAAGAUUAAAGCAUGCAAAUGAUUACAUUGAUGAAAGUCAAGAGCAACUUACUGAGAUGGUAAGCAUAGUAGGGAAAAUGAAAGAAAGCAUCUACGAAGCAGAAAGUAGGGCCGAGACUGCAGAGGCUAAAAUAACAGAGUUAACAGAUACAAAUUCAGAACUUUCGGAGGAAAUUAGUUUUCUUAAAAGUAGUGCUGAUAGUAAUACCAAAAAGAUGACCUUACUUGAAAAGCAAGUUAGGGAUUUGGAAAUCCAAGUGAAGCAUUCAAAGGCAUCAUCUGAAGCAAGUCAAGAACAACAAAACAUGUUGUAUGCAGCAAUAUGGGACAUGGAAACAUUGAUUGAAGAACUAAAAUCAAAGGUAUCAAAAGCUGAAAAUAAGACCGAGACUGUAGAAGAGCAAUGUAUAAUAUUAUCUGAAACUAAUAUGGACCUUGAUAAAGAAUUAAAUUUCUUGAGGUCUAGAGUGAAAAACUUGGAGGCUUCUUUGGAAGAAGCUAACGACUCGAAAGCAACAAGUGCAAACGAAGUUAACCUCAGAACCACACUUAUCAUGGAUACAGUCAAGAAACUAGCCGGAGAAAGGGAACGUGUCCAGAAUCAGCUAUUCUUUUUGACGAAAGAGAAUGAAAUAUUGGUCGAAAAAUUAAGGAAUAGUAAAAGAGAUUAUCCUAUAUCUGGAUUCAAACAUGGAGAUGGUGAGGAUAAAAAGGCGUUCUUUUGUGAAAAUGAAAUAUCUAAUGGAACAUGUGUAAACGUUUCUGGAGAAGCAAUUUCACUAUCUAAAAGUCCUCAGGCAGGCAGAUAAAGCGUUUGCAGAUGUAAGCUUGCAUAAGAUUGAAAUGGCCAGUUCAUAAUCGAGAAAUGAGAUUCCUAACAUGGUUUCAGAGGCUGAAACAGGAUGCUACUCCGGCAAUUCGUGCUUACCAAAAGCUUGAUCCGAAGGCAAGCUUUUGCUGCAUCAGUUGCAGUUAUUGUCAUAUAUUUGUAACACAAAAAAUAUAUCCAAUUUGAGAACGUUUGAUUGCUUGGUUGUGCCAAUGUGUUGUAAUUGUCUUCAAAUUUGCACAUAAUUUUUUUUUGAUAUUUUUUUUUGUGUUGAUUCAUUGUAAAUUAUGAAUGUUUGUAAGAAGGAAGUUGUAUCAUCAAUUCUUUGACUGUAACAUACUUUUAUAGAAGCUUUUCAAUGGUGCA